UAGGUAAAACAUGGCUCCGUUGACAUUAGAGCGAGAUAUCCGCCGAGCGAUAGAGCUGAUGGAGACUCUGGAACAGAGUGGAGAGAUACCUGCCUCUAAACUAGCUGCUAUGAAGAAUGUGCUGAAGAGUGACUUCUGUAGGGCCGUCAGAGAGGUUUACGAGCAGGUGCACGAAACAGUGGAUAUAAAUCACCCCCCAGAGAUCCGAGCAGAGGCUGCGGCUAAAGCAACAGUUGCAGCUUUUGCUGCUUCAGAGGGACAUGCCCAUCCUAGAGUUAUUGAGCUACCCAAGACUGAGGAAGGUUUAGGAUUUAACGUAAUGGGCGGAAAGGAACAAGCUUCUCCAAUUUACAUUUCCCGUAUUAUCCCAGGGGGUGCUGCUCACAAGGAUGCUAACCUGCGACGAGGUGAUCAGUUGUUAUCAGUUAAUGGACAAAGUGUGGAGAAGGCUUCUCAUGAAACAGCUGUUGAUCUGCUCAAAAACGCUCAAGGUAAAGUAAGACUUGUAGUGAAAUACACACCGAAAGUUUUAGAAGAGAUGGAGAGCAGGUUUGAAAGACAGAAAGCUUCGAGAAGAGGUCGAGCGCCACAGUGAUAUGACGUCACACCACGUGACAUGACGUCACGCCACAGUGAUAGGAACAGUUGGGAAAACAUCAGUAAGAGAUAUUGUACCACUGAGUUUACAUGUUGUACCUUAUUCUGUCUUUAGUACAGUUGAGGAAUUCAGACUUUUCAUUGUUAGAAUCUCAGUUUUCUCAGAGCUGAUAUGAAAAGAGGAGUUAACUCGAGUUGUUCGUGCAUGGAUCAGUUUAUGAAAUGAAUAGUACCCUAUAUGGUAACUAAUAGUAACCAUGGUAACAAAAACAAAGUAUUUUCUUGAAACCUGGGUUAGAUUUAAUUGUCAGAAUUGUUUUCUUGCUGAAGUCGUGUAUGAUGUUUGUUAUAUAAUAUACGUGUUUAAAUCUAAAUUAUCAAAUUUCUCAACUUAUAUUUGAAUAAGCUUUUCAUCACAGAUAACAUUAUAACCACAUAGUAACUACAUAGUAACUACAUAGUAACUACAUAGUAACUACAUAGUAACUACAUAGUAACUACAUAGUAACUACAUAGUAACUACAUAGUAACUACAUAGUAACUACAUAGUAACUACAUAGUAACUACAUAGUAACUACAUAGUAACUACAUAGUAACUACAUAGUAACUACAUAGUAACUACAUAGUAACUACAUAGUAACUACAUAGUAACUACAUAGUAACUACAUAGUAACUACAUAGUAACUACAUAGUAACCACAGCAGAUUUGAGAUAUAAUUGGAUACAUCUAUAAAGCUAUAAACUUAAAUUAUCUAAAUAAAUAUCUCUUUCCUUACAGCAUCAUUGAUAAUGUCUGCAUCGCAUGUCACUUUAAUUCACUUGAUUUUCCCUCUUCGUAGAUAAUGAUUUUCUUUUAAUGUAAACUUUAAUCCACAAAUGCGAUGAGCUUUUAUUACUGUAAAUUAAGAUUAUAGACGUGGAUUCUGGAUGGGAAGUUUAUUUGGACACGUGACGUUGAAUCUGUGUUUCGAUUAGAAGCACACUGUCACGUGACAUGACGUCAUGCCACGUGACAUGACGUCAUGCCACACUGUCACGUGUCACAGACAAACGUCACCAUCUGACCACAAGUAACGAGAUCUAUCAAAUUGAGGUUUAUUCUAUACGAUGUUUAUUUGAUGUAUAUCACGUGUUUUAGAAAGAGUAAAAUUAGCGGCUGUGUUUGCUUAUUUACAACCGUUUAUUACGUUUAUUAAGUUUAUAUACAUUUCAUUA